UGAGUUUGCGGAAGUGGAGAAACUCGCAUCGCUUCAAGUUCUGACUUCAAACUCAAAUCGCAAAACUGCCCGUUUUCACAAUGAUGUGCUGAAUAAGUUUGUAAACGUCAGAUGAAUCUGAUCUAAGCAGGAUAAAAAGUUUUGGGAGGAACAGAUCAGAAAUCACAUCUGAAAGCGAAGGGUUUGUAUGAUCGGGAUUAAGGGGCAUCAUGAGCCGUCCACCCUCCAUGCAGCCUCAGACGUGCGGCCCCUGGGAGCUGAAGGAACGUUUGGGAACUGGAGGAUUCGGGAAUGUCACACUUUGGCAAAAUAAGGAGAGCAGCGUUCAGAUCGCCAUCAAACAGUGUCGGCAGGAGCUUAGUGCCAAAAACAAGGGAAGAUGGAGUUUAGAGAUCCAGAUCAUGAAGAGGCUGAAUCAUAUGAAUGUAGUUGCAGCGAGAGAAGUGCCAGAAGAACUCCAGAAACUUGCCACAAAUGACCUUCCAUUACUGGCUAUGGAGUACUGCCAGGGUGGGGACCUACGUAAGUAUCUGAAUCUGUUGGAGAACUGCUGUGGGAUGCGAGAGGCCGCUGUACUGACCCUCAUUCAGGACAUAUCCUCAGCGCUCACGUAUCUUCAUGGGAUGAGAAUUAUUCACAGAGACCUUAAGCCAGAAAACAUUGUCCUUCAACAGGGAGAGAAGCGGUUGGUUCACAAGAUCAUAGAUCUGGGUUAUGCUAAAGAGCUGGAUCAAAGCAGUCUCUGCACAUCAUUCGUCGGGACGCUGCAGUAUUUGGCCCCUGAGCUGUUAGAGCAGCAGAAAUACACGGUCGCAGUGGACUACUGGAGUUUAGGGACACUGGUGUUUGAGUGUAUCACGGGAUUCAGACCUUUUCUACCAACCUGGCAACCUGUUCCAUGGCAUGCAAAGAUGUUAAAUAAAAAAGAAAUGGAUAUUAUGGUUUAUGAGGACCUGAUGGGAGAGGUUCAGUACUCUAAGCAUCUGCCUAAUCCACACAACCUUAACAAACUGUUAGCUGGUGAACUAGAGCGCUGGUUGCAAAUGAUGCUGAGAUGGUCUUCUAAAGAGAGAGGCAAAGAUCUGAGGCAACUGAGGAGAGAAAUUCCUGAAGCUGUAAAAGAUACGGAGGACGACAGUAAAGACGCUCAAGAGGGCACCAAAGACUCUCCGAAGGCAACUUGUUUCUGCUUUGAUGAAUUGAACCGCAUUUUGAAUCUGAAGCUGGUGCACGUGUUGAACAUGACCUCUGCAGAAAUAUUCUCAUACACCGUGCAGCCGGACGAGGAUGUGGCAUCCCUGCAAGAGCGAAUCGCACAGGACACUCACAUUCUGCCAGCCAAUCAGGAGCUUCUCCUGGAGGCCGGACUCGCCCUGGAACCGCACAAUAGCGUCAUGCAGUGUGCGAUCGAUUACAGCCUGUUAGACACGCGACGUGCCGAAGAGCCGCUGGUUUUCCUGUUUGAUCGUUCCUGCUGCAGCUACGAGCCGCACUUCACACCCAGAGUCCUGCCUGAAAACGUUCGGUUUGUUCAGAACGACCCCAAGCGCCCAUUGGCAUACGGCCCUCAGAGACGCACAUGUGGUCAAGCCUGGCACGCCAUACGCUCCCUUAAAGAAGACUGGCAGAGACUUCAACAGGGACAGAAAGUGGCCAUAAUGAGUCUUCUCAGACACAAUGGAACGUUGUCAAAGCAGAAGAAUGAGAUGGUGUCAAUGCAUCAGAGACUUAAAGCCACGUUGGAGUUCUUCACCACCAGCCUGCACAUUGACAUUGACAAAUACCAGGAACAGAGAGCUUCUGGGAUCGCGUCAGAAAAACUACUGAGCGUCUGGCGUGAAAUGGAACAAACGGCUCUCAACUGUGGACAGACAGAAGAUGUGAAUAAGUUGGAAGAGGAGAUGAUGACGUUACAGACCGAUAUAGUGGAUAUUCAGAGACAGCCGUGGAGAAGUGGAGAGGCUUUAGAGACACUUGAGGUGAAAGCGAUGGAUUUGUUUCGGAAACUAAGAGAGAAGCCCAGAGAUCAGCGUUGUGUGGGUGAUUGUCAGGAGGUCAUCAGACUGGUCGUCCAAGCAGUGCAGUUCUAUGAGAGGAAGUUACGGGACUUUUACACGCACUUGAGUAAGACGAUGGUGUGCCGUCAGAGAGUUCUGGAGCUGUUGCCUCGUGUGGAGGGGAUGGUGAGCGCGAUGGCUGAAAAUGAAACUCAACUUCUUCACUUGCAGGAGAAAAGACAGAAAGAACUGUGGAAUCUUCUCAAAGUGGCCUGUAGUAAAGUUCGAAGUCCAGUGAGUGGAAGUCCAGAUGAUGGUCGAACUCCACCAGGUCCUCUGUUACCUCACAGACCUUCACAUCCCAGCAGUCUGGGCAGUCUGCCUCAGAUAGAUGACUCUCACAUUGUGAUUGAGGAAAGUAAGUCGUUUGAGAAUCGUCUGCAGAGUUUAGUACAAGAAACCAUACAGGAGACGGAGAGCAGCAUGCAGAUGUUAAGAGAGUGGAAGUGGUUGAAUGGAGGACAAGAUCUGGCUUAAGAGAACGUCACAUACACACAAUGCUCUACUGACACCAGCUGGAGAAAACGCGAUACUGCAGGGAGUGAUGAACACAAACUUGUUUCAUGUCCUGAAGGAUUUUAUCCUACACUUCCAUUUUAUUGUUCCCUAAAGUCCACUUAUUUUAAUAAGUAUUUUUUAAUGAUAAUUUUCAUCCUGCGCUCUUCUGUAAUGUGAAAUGAGCAGCUGCUCCCACACAUAAGCUGUGUGUUUGAUGUCAGGUUAUGUGACAGAUUCAUCUGUUCCUGCAGCUCAAAGGUCAUAGGUUUGAAUCCCAGGGAAUACACACAUACUGACCAAAUGUAUACCUUAAAUGUACUGUAAGUCACUUUGGAUAAAAGCGUCUGAUAAAUGCAUGCAUGUAAAUUGCUUAAACUGUUCAGAGCAGACUAAGACGAUCUUGAAUCUUUUUAAAGUAAACUUGGGCUACUUGUUUUUAGUGUUGAAAGUUUGAGAAGAAUUUACAAUAUCACACUGCAAAAAAUGAUUUUCAAGAAAAAAAAAUUUUCAGUAAAAAUAUCAAAAAAUUCUCAAAUAAAUUAAUAAAUUAAAACAACCCAAGAAAAUAAGUCUAGUUUUUAUAUCAAAAAAAUCAAUUUUAAGUGAUUUUGUGCAUAAAACAAGCAAAAAAAAUCUGCCAAUGGGGUAAGCAAAUUUUUCUUACAUUUUUCUUGAAUUAAGUCUUUAAGGAAAAUGUUCAAGAUUUUUUUGCUCACCCCAUUGGCAGAUUUUUGGCUUGUUUUAUGCACAAAAUCACUUAAAUUUGAUAUAUUUAAGACUUAUUUUCUUGUUUUGUUCAUCAAGAAAAAGCAUCUUAAUUUAAGAAUUUUUAGAUAUUUUUACUGAAAACAAGACACAAAUACUAAGAAUUUUUUUUCUUGAAAAUAAUUUUUUGCAGUGCAAUUAUUUCACACAACCAGAAACAGUUCAAAGUUAUUUUCCAUUACUCUGCAGGUCCUGGGGUCUCAUUUAUAAAACGUGCAUACGCACAAAACGGGGCUCAAAACGUGCGUACAACACGCAAAGGUUGUGAUCUAUAAAAAAAACAAACUUGAUGGGAAAAUGGUUUUGCAGGGUGGGAUCUGAGGAUGAUUAAUGUACGCAUACUUGCAGGUGAUCUGUGACUUGUAAAGGGAACAUUGCUUUGUUUUAUAAGUUGUAAUAUAUUUUGCCGUAUGCCAUUUUUGGCUUUUGUGCGUAUGUAGGCUUUUAGUAACAGUCCUACGUACAGUUUUAAAAUUGAGACUCCUGAACUGUAAAUCACGACUUUAUGAAGACGUGAUCUCAUGAAAUGUGUACAGUACGGGUUUAUUAAGAAUUAUUUGUUUUUACUAGAAACUGUUAAGUUUGUGUACAUCCGUUUUCACUGUGGGAUAACAACGCCUUUGUAUUUUGACAAAGAAAGGAUAAAAACAUAUCCGGUAUUUUCGAGUAAAAUGUUUAUGUCUUGUGUAAUUCAAAACAUACAUUUGUUUAAGUACCAGAUGAGUGUUUGCUAUGUUUGAAAGACGAGAAAGAUAGAGACUCAUUUCGUCAACAAUCUUCUUUAUUUAGUUCCACAACACACAGACUUCUACUUCUCCAUUUGUAACAUAAACCAAGACGUUCUGUGAAGAAAUAAAACUGCAGAGAAGGUUGUGAACGGUCCAAUAUCUCCACUACACAAAACAUAGAUAAGAAACUUAAAUAAUAAAACAAUACGGUAUGUUUGGCAAUGAACAUCAUAAAGAAUGAAAGUGGAGUAACGUUGAGUGAUAUUCAGAGGCGUCUUUCUUAUUUCUCAUUAAAUGUGAACUUUGUUUCCAACCUUAACUGAAACAACAGCAUAAUCUGGAUAUUAAAGAUAACGCUUACAGAUACAGAUGUCCAUUACAAACAAAUGAUAUGUAAUUUUAAAACCUACACGCAUCAUUAAUAACUCA